AUGGAGAUCCGGAGGCCCUCCCGACACGGAAACCAUCCCGACCGAACUUAUCAACGGACCUACAAGGCCUGUAUAUCCUGCCGGCAACGGAAGGCCAAGUGUGAUCUGGGGACGGGCCCGGAUGGACUUCCCCUUGGCCCCCCUUGUGCGAAAUGUCGCCGGGAACAGAAGCCGUGUCUGUUUGACGAGAAGAGGGCCUGGGAACGGGUGAAGAAGCGAGGAACUCAAUCUACAUCGAAUCUGGCCAACUCAAUGAUGCGCACUGUCGUUUCCAGUGGAAAUGAUGCCCUCAACAUCCUUUUUGAGGCCGCCAACGCACAGAGUCAGGAAGACAGUAUGAUAGAGUCGGACUCUUUGCCUGAAACUGAGCAGCAUCGAUCAGGUCAUCCUGUCACAUCUGAAGGUUCCUCGAAUCAAAUAGAUCUCACGGUUCCCCCAGACGUUCUAGAAAAAGCCAUGCGCCCGGUCGAGCUCUCACACGUAUCGAAGGACGUUUUGAGUACCUGGGAGGCAUGUCGAUUCGUCAGGAUGGGAUGGUUCACAGCUAGAGAAGCUGUGACGUUUAUUGAUCUCUUUUUCAAAAACAUGUCUAUACUAUCUCCAGUACUGACAGACUUCUAUGCCGAUCAUAAGAAUCACCGUUGGCUGAUCGCACACGACCCUGUCCUCUGCUGUACAAUCCUGAUGAUAUCGUCUCGGUAUCAUGUACUCCCUGGUGUUGGCGGCCAGUCGCGAAAUUUCUUUAUACAUCACAGACUCUGGCAACACUGCCAGCAGCUGGUGACGAGACUCAUAUUUGGACAAGAGCUUUCUUCGCAGCCGAAGAUUCGAAACAUAGGCACAAUAGAAGCGCUCCUGCUCAUGUCUGACUGGCAUCCACGCUCACUCCACUUUCCUCCAGAAAGUGAUGGAUGGGAUUCCGAUCUGGUUACCAUAGAUCUGGAAAGCACAGAAUACGGAGAUGACGGCAGCAAUUCGUCAGCAAAGCGAUGGGCAAAAGACAUGAGUGAGCCUGCUAAACGAUCUGACCAGAUGUCUUGGAUGCUUCUGGGGUCCGCAUUGUCUCUCGCGCAUGAGUUGGGCAUCUACGAGACCGGAGAUAAAGCACGCGAUGCUUUCGUCGCCUACGAACGGUUCAUGACAAAGGAUCAAAUGCGCCUCCGACGGCAGCGGGCGCAACGGUUGUUGUACGUAUAUAUCAAUCAGUUAGCGUGGCGGAUAGGAUGCGUAUCGCUCAUGCCGCAAGGCUUGAGCCAUUCAAUUCUCAACCGACAGACAUCUAGAGAAUUAAGCCAAUAUGGAGAAGAAUGGCUCACAUUCAUGGACUCAUGGAUGGACCUGACGAAACUCGCCAAAUCUGUCACGGACAUGUUCUUUCCAUCUGUUACUUUCGCACGACAGCAGCUUCAGAGUGGACGAUAUAUUGACCUCCUGGACCAUUUCCGUCCACUGCUUGACAAGUGGAAAGAGAGAUAUCUCCAGCCGCAAUUGCAUGACAAACCCUUCUAUGACGAUAUCUUCAUCGAAUACCACUUUGUCCGCGUAUAUACACACUCUGUUGGAAUGCAGGCUGUAGUUGAACGUGCGAUCGCAGAUGGAAACGCAGAUGAAGAAGAAGUUCGUCCCAUGAACAUCGACCCCAUCGACUAUGAAUACAUCCAAGAAGUCAUAGAUGGAUGCUGCCAGAUACUGGAGAAGGUCACGCAGCUUGCUGACAUCGGGGCACUGCGCUUCUCUCCCGUUCGGAUAUUCGUCAGGAUUACAAGCGCAUCCAUAUUCUUGAUGAAAGCUCUCAGUUUGGGAGCGCGACAAGCAAAGCUCCGUGAGUCGCUGGAUGUCCUAGAACGAACAAUACAAGCGUUGAGAUCAAAUGCCUUGGACGACAUACACCUAAGCACACGCUACGCUACGUUGCUGGAGACUCAUGUAUCGCGCUUGCGACGACAUUUAGUCGCCUCAUGUAAGAGUCUCAAAAGACGGCGUGAGUCAACGACACGGCACUCGAUGGUGCCUCCAUCAUACGCCAGUGCCACAAGUGACGAGCAUGCCCCACUGAUAACGAAUCCUCCAGUUCCCCAGAAUAUGUCAGAUAUGGGGUUUACACCGUCAUUGAAUGACAUCGCUGCUGAUGACUGGCUGUCGCUUCCAUUCGACCCAUCCAUGGCGCCGUUCAGUAUUAGCAGCGGGGGCCAAUUCCCAGCAUAUGAAGGCGGCGGCUUGAAUUUCCUAUGGAAUCUACCUUCUUGA